GGAAACUGCAAAUGGCGACCUCCAUGUAAAAGUGUUUACGAAAAUUUAAACACGAAACUUAGAUGAAAUUAGCAAACAUUUAAGUCAGUUAACCAUAUCUACUGAGAAUCCUAAAGCAAUUGCAACUUUAUACACAUAAUAUGACACAGAAUCACAAGCAGUUAUUUGUCCACUGUGUCCAAGUGCUGAAUACUUAUAAUGUGGAUACACAAUCUGUAGAGGAACAUGUCAACAGAUAUCUGAAAGAAAAUGGGAUCUUUGAUGAAAGUGAUCAAACUUUUAUUGUUGAGGUUUUUUCUGAAUGUGUGAGAUAUUCCAACUUAAUGGAAGUUGUCCUCAAUGGUUUUUACAAUAAAGAUGGAAAAACUACUCUUCGUUCAGAACAGAAUCUAUAUCAUGUAAUUUGUUACCUGGCAACCUUCAGAUUAGAUGAGCUUGGAAUGGCUCAUUUCAGAAAGUUUGUUAGCUCACAAGAUAUCAACAAAAUGUAUAGGUUUUUAUCAUUUUUCCUGAAUGAGAGGAAUUUGCUGACCUGGAUUAAAGAUGGUUGGGAGAAAUACUAUGAACAUGUGUUCGUACAAACCUCACUGUUGUCCCCAUUACAAAGAUGGAUGCCAGAAAUUGACGACAUGUUAUCAAUGAUGAAGAGCACAAUAGAUAACCGAUUAAAACCUAAAUCCAGAGCAGGCUCUGUCACAGAGACCAGACCUUUUAACAUAACACAGCCAAGACCUAGAAGUAUUCCUGUACCUGAACCAAUACCAAAGUUAAAGAAACACAAACCAGCUCCUGUGACCCUGUAUGAUAAACCUGUUGAGUUAGAGAUGAUACAAAGAACCAAGGAAGCUAAUAGAAGAAGGGCUGAGGAAAGAUUGAUGGAAGCCUCCAGGUUACAGUAUGCUUGUGCUAAUCCAAAUAAAUCACAGAAAACAAAGGAAAUUAUAAGCAAUAUAAUCUAUGAGGAAGAAAGUAAAAUAGACUUUGAGAAACACAAAGCCAACCCUACACCAGCUUUCCUGAGAUUGAUGAAGUUUCGACAGACUCGUGAAGUUCCUGUGAAAAUGAAUACUGCCCAGAUUUUAAGAGAAGGAAAGUUGUAUCAACAGAGGGAAGAAGAGAUUAUUAAAAAAUUAGAGAAUUUAGAAGCAGGUGCAAAAGAUGCUAGUGACUUUUUGAAAUGGCAGUCUGAGAUGAGACAGAAGGAUCUUGAGGGUAAGCUAGCAGACAUAGAAAGAAGGAGAUUAGAAGGAAAACUAAGUCAUGAGGAGGCCAUCUUUGCCAGGCAGAAUCUCAUCAAGGAUAACAAACAGAAAGUUCAAGAAAUGAAAGAAGAGACUCAGCAAAUGAUGCAAGAAUUCUUAGAAAAGAAGUUUAAAGAAGAAAAAGAAAUGAGAAACCUUGUUGAAGAAACCAUGCAGGGCCACAAGAAUACAAAAGAAGCUACAAAGAAAUUAAAAGAUUAUAAAAGAAAAAUUGUCCAGGAAGUCAAUGAAGAGAGCAAAGAGCUAAUGAAACAGGCUUUGGAAGAGGCUGAAUUAGAAAUGAGAAGGAAAAUGGAACUAAUACACCAAAUAAAAGCCAUGGAGGCUGUUCCUAUUAUACGACAGAAAUUGGUGGACCUUUCUGAAUCUGCUGGUCAUGGUUUACUGAGUGAAAUGUCUAUAGCAGAGUUAAGAGAAAGAGUGUCUUUAUGUAAAGCUGCAGAGAUAGAAUCAGAAGAAACCAGAAGGGAUGACAUACUUCAGAAUAAAGAGGCUAAAGACCAGCUGUUACUGAAUACAUUAGAAACAAUUUCUAAACACAGACUAGAACAAACUAGAGCGGCUGCCACCAGAUUGGAAACAAAGAAGAAAUCAGAACCAAAGAAAAUAGAAUUAAAAGAUGAAAAACUCACUGAAUUACAGAAGAGACUUGAAGAAAGAAAAGCUCAGAGAAUGAAAGAAAGACAAUCUGCAAAAUUAGGAACAAAACGGAGUUCAGCUGAUAAUAGAACCAGAAGUCUUAUUAAUCAGAAGAAAGCACUUGAAGAAAACAGAUGGAGAGAACUUGAGCUUACACAAGAGAGAGCAGCUAAACUUAUGGACGGAAGUCUUGGGAAAAGUAAAUCUGCAUCCCGACUAGCUUCUAAUCUGGUUAUGACAUAGACACUGUGGUUGAUUUCUAUAAAACACACACUAUUACAGGCAUUCCAAUUUACAAAAGACUAAUUCCAAAUGCCUCAUUGAUUUUGUUGAAGCCCUUUCUGUGAUAACUUCUGAAAUAUACAGUAUUUAUAAGGUUAUUGGAUAUUUUACAAAAAUUAAAAAAUAAAAGAAUGAAGGAUUAAUGUAAGUUUAAAUUGUCAAAAUACUAAAAAGAAAGGAAGGAAUAAUUAUUAGAAAAAGUGGCCAGUUAAAUGGUUUUUUUAGGAUUAUUUCAUGAUUAAAAUAUAUUUUACUGAAGGAAUAUUGAAACCAAUGAAAUGUUCUUAUAUUUGUGAUAAGACUAAAAUAAUGUUAAUUUUACUGUAAAGAGUUUAUCAUAUAAAAAUACUUUAUUUUGGUAAACAUUUGUAUAAGUUAUAUGUAUAAAUAUUGAGUAUGAAGGACAAUGUAAAUUUAUUUCUGUAUUUUUUGCUAUAUUUAUUAUGGACUGGUAGUAUCAUAGAACAAAGCAUUUUUUUUUUAAGUUUCUUUAUGCUGCAGAUGAACUUCUUUGGCUAAACGUUGCUAACAAGUACAAUUUUAAUUUACCAACUACUGUCCAUUAUCAUUUGUUAGACCUUGGCUAGGUAAUUAAUAACGAUGUAUAUGUUUAGCUACAUUUAAAUGACCAGUUUAAUGUUUUACAAGUCAUUGCAGUUCUUUUGUACCAUCAUGAACAUUCUGUCCCUAGAUGUUAUUUUUACAUCAAUUGUUUUUAUUUUGUGACUAUUUAUUAGAUAAUGUUUUGUA